AUGAAACAGAUAUUAUGUGCUGCUUAUUAUCCUAGUUUGAAUAGUCUUGGCCUCUAUAAUAUCGACGAAGAGUCGAUUCGAUUUCUUUCCACGGCCCAAAACUUGUCAUCUGAAGUUUUCGAAACGCAGAUCACAACGCUUACUGUUUCGCUCAAUGAAAAUGAGCAGAACGAGGAAAUAUACGAGUCAAGAGCAAGAAUAUUCCAUUCAAUCUUCGUUGUAUUUAAACGUCUCACCACUUUAAUAGUUGACCAAUCAUUAUAUCAAAAGCUUGUUCGAUUGUGUUUAACUGAUGAACCAUUACUGACUCAUUUUCGUUCUUCAACUCUUCUACAAUUGACGAUUAAUGUCCAAUG